AAUUUUUUAAAAAUUCCCUCCCAGACGUGCAUAGACUUGUUUUUCAGUUCAAAAACGCCUCAUUCUUUCGAAAACACGAAUUUUUACAAAAUUUUCAGUGAUGCGCGAAAUUAUCACUUUGCAAAUUGGAAGAUGUGGCAACCUCGUUGGUGACGCUUUUUGGGAUGUGAUCUCGCGAGAGCAUGGAAUCAAGGCUAGUGGCGAGUUUGCUGGCACUUCUCAUCUCCAACUGGAACGAAUGAACGUCUACUUCAACGAAACCGAUCGUGGAAACUUCUAUGCCCGGGCCAUUGCUGUCGACACAGAUCGAUCGAGCUUGGAUCACAUCAAAUGUGGUCCGAAUACGGGUCUCUACAAUCCCGACCUAUUUGUGGCUGGCACUGAGGGAACGGGCAAUAAUUUUGCCCGAGGAUUUUACACAGAAGGUGCAGAGAUCAUGGACCGGGUUUUGGAUGUCACACGAUUGCAAGCGGAAUCAGUGGAUUCUCUUCAAGGCUUUCAAAUAAUUCAUUCGUUGGGUGGUGGCUCUGGGUCUGGAUUUGCUUCGUUGUUAAUGAGGAAUCUCGCCGAGGAGUAUCCAGACAAUUUGAUUUGCACAUUUAGUGUGAUUCCAUCGCAGAGGAUCUCCGAUGUGGUCGUGGAGCCAUACAAUUCGGUGUUGUGUUUGCCGCACAUGGUGCAGAACACUCAUAUGACCUUCUGCAUUGACAACGAGGCCUUGUACGAAAUCUGCCACAACCGGCUGCAGCUGAACGGAGCCUCUCUCGAGAACCUGAACCACAUAAUUGCACACACCAUGUCCGGGGUGACGACAUGUUUGAGAUUCCCCGGCCAGUUGAAUUCCGGGCUGCGAAAACUCUACGUGAACAUGGUGCCCUUUCCCAAUUUGCAUUUCUUAGUGCCGGGAUUCGCCCCACUCACCUCGAUGGGAUCGACGAGAUAUGCCAAGCAAUCGGUGGGUGAACUUGUAAGCCAAAUAUUCAGCUCGAACAAUCUGCUGGCAGCAAUCGACCUCAAAAUGGGCAAACUCCUCACCGUUGCCGCCAUAUUUCGGGGCAGAAUGUCACCUAAGGAGGUGGACACACUCAUGACCAGUGCCAGGAACAAGAACAUUCAGAAUUUUGUAGAUUGGAUUCCGAACAAUGUGAAGACUGCCAUUUGUGAUAUUCCCCCAAGGGGACUGAAGAUGUCGUCGACGUUUAUUGGCAACACAACGGCCAUUCGGCAGCUAUUCGGACGAGUGUCCGAGGGAUUCGUGAGCAUGUCGAAGAGGAAGGCCCAUCUGCAUUGGUACACGGGCGAGGGCAUGGACGAGAACGAGUUCUCUGAGGCCCAGUCGGCUCUAGAGAACCUUUUAGUUGAAUACGAGGACUGCCUCAAGGAUAACGAAGGCGGUAAAGAAGAUCAUACAUGUCAAUAUUGUUCCAAAGACGAUAUAUUAACAUAAAAGUAAACAAAGUUCCAAAAAAAGAUAACUGAUCCUGCCCCAGAGUCGCGUCAGAUGAUGAAAAGGGACAAAUUUAAUUCACAACAUUGGCCUCCAUGGGAUGGCUUUAACCAAUGCUGGUCAUGCGUUCCACAAUUCAUCCAGACAUAUGACCACUGGAGGAGGAUUUACAAAACAGAAAACAAAAAUCUUAUUCUACAAGGGACUUCUUGAUGGUUUCAAUGAUGUCAUCAGCUGCUGGGAAUUUCUGAGCUCGCGGUGGGCCUUUUUUGAGCCCUGUCCAUAGGAGUUUCCAUGUUUCAGAGUCGUCUUUGGGUGUUUUGGCAAGGGACAAUUCGAAAGCCCCGCGACGCGGUGCACCGGAUGGAUUUAGGACAAGUUGGACAUUCGGCAGAUGCUCAAUGAUUUUACUAUGCAAAUCAAUGGCACGCCGCUUAAAUACGCUUCAGCUGCGGCAAUGCUCAACAAAGAGCACUGGGCCAGUACCUAUGGCACUUGAUUCUCCUGUAACCGCUGCCACAGCAGUCGCUUCCGAAACCUUGGGCUUUUUAGCAGCCUAGAAUUUAUACAACCGAUGAUAAAUUAGAUGAAUGAAAUACAAAUUAAAGUAUUACCUUGCUUGUU